AUGGGCAAGGGCCCGCGUGGAUUUUACCUGACGCCAAGUGAAGACGUUCCCGAGCGACGAACACAAAACAAGCGAUUCAUCGGGCAAGUCAUGGUUCUUGCGGCUGUGGCGCGGCCUCGAUUUGACCGACAGAGCAACCAGCACUUUGACGGCAAGUUGGGCAUUUGGCCUUUUGUAACUCAAGUUGCUGCUGCACGUUCGUCAAAAAAUCGACCCGCAGGCACCCUCGAAACAAAGUGUGUGAAUGUCGAUCGUGCUGCGUAUCGGGAUAUGCUUAUGAAAAAGCUGAUUCCGGCAAUUGUGGCGAAGUGGCCUCGCGACACCAAACGCAUCAGGCUUCAACAAGACAACGCUUCGGCACAUGUGGCGCCUGGUAGCUUUGUGCUGGUGGGAACGAUUAUUCGAUUCCUCAUAUCGGGAAGUCCCGCUUGGGCCAAUUACCUCGUCAACUUGAAUUUUCGCAUGUUGUCGCUGCACGAAGUACAGUUGUCUGAUUUAGGACAAAUUUAA